CCAACUAAAAAGAAAAGGAGGAGGAAAAAGAAGAGAGAAGCAUUCAUUUUCCAUGGCUUCUCAUCAGUUUUUUUCAACCUUUCUAUUCUCUCUCUGUAUUCUUCAAUCCAUUUCAGGUGGGAAUUCAGCGACGUUCACAAUUACAAACAAGUGCAGCAACACAAUUUGGCCGGGCAUUCUAUCAAAUGCCGGGACGGACCAGCUUCCAACUACCGGCUUCGCUCUCAACUCCGGGGAGUCCAACACGUUCUCCGUCCCCACCUCCUGGUCUGGUCGGUUAUGGGGGCGGACUCUGUGCUCCCAAGACCCGAGCACGGGCAAGUUCACUUGCCUAACCGGCGACUGUGGAUCAUCCGCGGUCGAAUGCUCCGGUGGUGGGGCUGCCCCCCCAGCGACUCUAGCCGAAUUCACGCUGAACGGGGCUGGCGGGCUAGACUUUUAUGACGUCAGCUUCGUCGACGGUUAUAACCUCCCCAUGACAGUGGUGCCUGAGGGUGGGACCGGAGGGAACUGCACGACUACCGGAUGCGAGGUGGACUUGAACGUCGGGUGCCCGUCGGAGCUGAAGGUGGCGGCGAGUGACGAGGGCGUGGCGUGUAAAAGCGCGUGUGAGGCUUUUGGGGACCCACAAUACUGUUGUAGUGGGGCCUACGCGACUCCAGACACAUGUAAACCCAGUUCUUAUUCGCAGUUUUUUAAGAAUGCGUGCCCGAAAGCUUACAGCUAUGCUUAUGAUGACGGCACCAGCACCUUCACUUGCGCCUCCGCCAAUUAUCUCAUCACUUUCUGCCCUUCCCAUUCCACCAGUUUGAAGUCGUCAAAUGGGCAAUACGCAGAGGCGGUCGGUGUCUCAGCAAGUUCACGUAAUACGACACCGAGCUUCGUCGUUUUUGGCGUCAUUGUUUUGGCAGCAGCUUGGCGGUUACGGCAGCUAUUUUGAUCCUCUCUGCAGUUUUCACACCCCGAAAAAAAAAAUAUCGUCUGAGAGAGAGAUGUUGACCUUAUUUUUUGGUCCGACACUGGAGACGUGGAGACCACAAUCCAAUCGGAGAUUGCAACUUGUAUCGGGUGUUACCAUACGGCGUCGUAGCAAAGCUAUGGCCCAUUCAAAUUGGAAGAACAACUUUGUGCGCAACUUUAAUGAUACAUACAAACACAUACACUCUAUGAUCCACGUCCUUGGAAUUUAGAGGACAAAUUAAGAGUCUGCCCUGCCCUAAUCUUUUUCUUGUCAUUUUAAAAUUCAUCAGAUUGUGAUGUAAAUAUUAUAUAAUAUAUAGUAGAGACUAGAGACUAGAGACUAGAGAGAGAGAGAGUAGCUGGAAAUGUAGUUGUUUUGCAGGUAGAUCCAAGAAGAUGGGUUUAGUUUUUUGUAUAUGGUAUUUGAGCUGAGUUGGUAUUUUAUCAUUUUUCUUUUGUCUCUCCUCCUGGUUUAGAUUUAUUUAUUACA